GAGAGAGAUAAGGAAGGAGCCCAGGUCCGUCUCCUUCUCCCGCAGUGAGGGAGCCCCUGACUAGACAGAGAUCCGGGGAAAGGCUGGGUCCUGCUCGGGAUGUUUAGCCGUCUUUCUGGUCUCGCUAACACGGUCUUGCAUGAACUCUCUGGUGAUGGAGAGGCAAUUGAAACCACCGGGAUUUCGGAUCCCGUGGCAGUGGACAGUUCAGCAGAAGAUAUGUCAGAAGAUGUGAAGGAACAACUUGCUCAUUAUGAGCAGCUAGUGGUCCAGCUGAAGAUACUUAUUCAGCAGAAGGAUGGAGAGAUUCAGCAGAAAGAUGCACAACUAAAGUCGGAGCGAGAAUCUUCAGAUGCAAAAUUGGCCAAACUUAAGCUUCAGGCAAAGGCAAAAGUGACAAACUUGAAUAAGCAAAUCGAGGAACUGAAAAAAGCAUCAGACAGCCGUCUUAACCAAGAUGGAAGUGGAGAUUCGAGGAACAACAAGGAGAAGAGCGAGUUCCAGCAGGAAAAUGACAAGGAGAAACAGAAAUUGGAGGAUAUUGUUUCUGAACUUACAAGGCAGCUCCAGGAGAAACAGGAGAACAUUGGUACGCUUACAAAAGAGCUUGAUGAGAGCCAGCUAACUGUAACAGAGUUUACAAGACAGCUCAGCGAUAGUCAGCAGACUGUUACUGAUCUCACAAGAGAACUCCACAACAGCCAAGAAACUGUGAGACAGCUUCACAUUGCACAAGAGAAACAUGAGACUGAGAUUCUUCAUUUGCAGAGAAAACUGGAGGAACAUGUUGAGUCUCUUCGCUCACGCACUCAAGUGGUGGAAAUGAUGGAGCAGGAGCUCCAAAGUGCAGAGCUUCAGAAACAGGUUUUGUCUGAGCAGUAUCGACAGAUGGAGAAGGAGCUGUUAUCUUUGAAAGAUACUCUUGAUGUGGCACAAGAAGAAAAUAUGUCCCAGUCUUCCAUCUCUAAGGAGCUACUGAAAGAAAAAGAUCUCAUCUGUCAGAGACUGCAGGAAGAACUGGAGCAAGAACGUACAUCUAAAGAAAAGUUACAAAUAUUGAAAGAAGAGCUUGAAAUGAAACAUGGUUUUCGGAAUGAGUUGAGCCAACUAAAAGAGGACAUUGAGAGAGAAGAGGGUGCACGUGAAGUCUUGGAACAAAUGAAAGCCGAGCUGAUGAGAGUAAAGGGUGCACAGGAUGAGUUACAAAGACUAAAUGAUCAGCUGGAGGUAGAAAGGAAUGCUCAUGAGAUGCUUGAACAAGUUAGAGAAAAACUAGAUCGAGUGAAAGGAGCACAAAAAACACUGCAAAGCAUGCAAAAUGAGCUGGAGGGUGAAAAAACUGCUCAGGAGAUGUUAGAACAAGUAAGAGAGGAACUUGAGAGAGUAAAGGGAGCUCAGAAUGAGUUACAAACUAGGAGAGAUGAACUUGAGUGCGCAAGAGAAACCCAGAAAAAUCUUAAGGAGGCGCUUGAGAAAGGAAGAAAUGUUCAAGAUGAUUGUGGAAAAAUGAGAGAAGAUUUGGAGAGGGUUAAUGCAGCUAGGAAUGACUUGGAAAUGAUGAGAGAAGAGCUAGAGAGACAAAGCAGCACUUGGGAAGAGCUGGAAAGAGUCCAAAAAGAGCUAGAGAGUGGAAGAGAGGCUGAGGAGAAGUUGAAUCAACUUAGAGAGGAGUUGGAGAGGCAGCAAGCAGCUCAGGCUGAAUUAUUGAAAGUUAAACUUGAAUUAGAGAAAGCCAGAGAAGCUCAGGAAGAGCUGAACUUAAUGAAGGAGGAGCUAGAGAGAUUUUCUGGAGCCAAGGCUGAGCUGGAAACAGUGAAAAAAGACCUUGAUAGAGAGGGUGGUGACCAGGAAGACAAUGAGGCAGUAAAAGAGAAACCACAAAGUGAAAUGGGGGAUCAGGAUAUCCAGGGAAGAUCUACGUAUAUGCAAGAGGAAGUGAUGGUAACUGAAGAUGGUCUAGUAGAGAGAGUGGUUGAGGGGGACCUGGAAAAGGCAGCUCGAGAAGAGAUGGCUAAUGAAAAAGAGGACCCAGAAAACCACUUAAGCCUUUAUCAGCACUCCAGUAGUGUUUCAGAGAUGACAACAGUGUGUGAAGAACUUAAGAUGUCAAGUGAAAAUUCAAAGUUGGAGUCAGGGGAAAGCAUCUCUGUGUCAGAUAUCUCAUAUAUCUCAUCCUCUACCGAGAGUCACCAGGACUUUACAGAAGGACAUUCUGUGCAGGUGCUGCAGUCUUACAUCACUAAAGAUAUUGCGGUAACAAUGGAAGGCAUGAAGGAGAAGCAGCUGUCCAUUCUUAUGGUGGAUAUCAAUGAUGCCCAGGAGGAGAUACAGAAGUUAAAAGACCAAAUGACUGAAGAAAGGGAGUCAAACAACGAUGAAAGAUCAGCUCCGACAACAGAGGAAAAUAACAGUGUAUUCACUGAAAUAAUUCAAGAAGCAAGUUCUACUAGAAUCUGGAAAGAGCAAACAGAGUUCCACAAGCAAGAAGAACACAGUACAAUUAGUACAUCGUUGCAAUUUUCUCACAGUGAUCAAUCUGCAGUGAUUACCUGUAUCAGCGAGUCAGAAGCAGAUGUAGCAAUCAAUGGGGUCCAGGAGCAUGAGACAUCUGAUAGCAAACAUGACGUCUCAACAUCACAGUGUGCUGUAUGUAAAGGUUAUAACAGAGAUUCUGAGAUUCUUUUGUUGCAAAAUAUGGUGGCAGAUCUCAAAAUUCAAGUGACCGCUCUUGCUUCUGAAAAAGAAGUCUUGGCCAUAAAACUCCAAAAUCAAAUGCAUGAGCCUGAAUUUGCAGAGGGACAAAUUGGCACUGGAAGAGAUCUAAAAGACAUAGAGGAACUUCAGAUGACCAACUAUGAGAGUCAGAACAUUCUGAAGGAACAAUUAAACAGCUUAGAAAAUGAAUCCAAAUCUAAAGACUUGAAAAUUUCUGCUCUGCAAAAGGACCUGGAUCACAUUCAUUUAAUGCUCACUGAGCAAGAAUCACUCUCACAAAUGCAGAGCAAACAACUUAAUGAGGAAGCAAGCCAAGUAGAGAAAAUGCAGGAAAUUCUGAGCCAUAGCCAGAGUAAAGAGGAGAGACUUUCUGAGGUGCUUGCUGCUAAUGAAUGUGAAAUUGUUUCACUUCGGGAAUUGCUUUCCCAGAAAAGCACACAGAUUGCAAAUUUGCAAUUGUCUGUACAAGAGAAAGAUCAGCAGGUGGCAGAGAUAAGCCAUAGCUUUUCUGAUAAGAUGGUCCUCCUAAAUGAAGAAAAGUAUACCAUGGAUAAAGAAAUUAAGGCCCUAAAGGAACAACUGAAUUCAUCUAAUAGGGAGCAAAAUGGAGAAAUGAAAGAAUUGUCAGAGGCAGUAAGAAAAGAAAAUACAGAAAUACGUAUUCAGCUGGAAACCGUUCUUAAGGAGAAAUCUCAACUGCAGGAAACGCUGGAGGUAAUGCAGAAAGAGGAACGGGAACUUAAUGGACGCAUAGAAGUUCUACAACACACUAACAUUCAGGACCAAGAAACCCUGAAAUCCGUUCAAGAAGAGAGAUAUAUGUUGAAGACUCAAGUGCAAGCACAUUUGCAGAAGGUAAACGAGCAUGAAGAGUUAUUAAUUGAGAUGGAAGCACUUAGACAUGCUCAUCUGCUACAGCAAGAGAUGGUGCAAGCACAACAGAAAACUCAAGAGGAACUGCAGGAUCAACUUCUCGUACUGACAGAGAAACAACAACACAGCCUGGAAGACUUACAGCAUUUGCAGGAAGAGAAAAGCGAGUUGGAGUCUCAGCUGAAAUUCUACCUCAGUCAGCCACUGGAAGAAGAAAAGAAAGAUGGCUCUAAUGAGGCCAGUGAGCUGCAACAAAAGCUGGAACAUCAAAGGAAAGACAAUGAGCACCUUAAGAAGAAGCUUCAGGCUGCACUAGUCAAUAGAAAGGAGCUGAUGAAGAAAGUGUCAGAAUUGGAGAAAGCUUUAGCGAAAGGUGGGGAGCCUUUGUCCUCUUGUGAUAACAAUGAUGCUGAUGUUUUAGAUAUCCCAAAGACACAAGAGCAAAAGAUGGCUGAAGAGUUUCUGAAGCAGCAACUUUCUGACCGAGAAUCUGAACUGGAGAAUGCAAAGAAGGAACUGGUUGAAAAAACGGCAGCUUCAGAUUUGCUUCAAUCACGCAUAGAUGAAUUGACUGUAGAACUGAACGAGAAGAGCAAAACAAUAGAGUUACUAAAUGUAGACAAGAUGGAAAAUCUGUCUGUGACUGCAUCACCUUCUGCACCAUCUCCACAUCCAGAGACUACUGAUCUUAAUGCAUCCAUUAACCAAGAACAUGAAUCUAAUGCCAGAGUUGCUCUAGAGAAUAGAAUAGCUAAUCUAGAGCAAGAAAAGGAGAUUCUUCAGAAGAAGAUUCAAGAUACACUAAAUUCCCGCAGAGACACAAUUAAAAAAGCGCAAGAAAAAGAUAGACACCAUCGUGAACAACUUAAGCAACAGAAAGAUGAGUUUAACUUAUUACAGGAAAAGUAUGAAGUACUACAGAAGAAUCAAAAUGCUCAGCUAGGACAGUUAGGAUUUGACCAAGAAAGCGAAGCACAUACUGUGAGCCAGUAUACAUCAGGAGAGCCAGGCGAAGUCCAUACCUCAAAUAAAGAAUCGGAAAUGCAGUUUCAAGAUCCUGCCUUUUCAGAGAAAAAUGCUCAGGACUCUGGUUGGGACAAUGAUUGGGUGGAGUUUUCUACUGCUGAAGUUACAGAUAAUCUUGCUGAUGGAACGCCAAACACAGAACCCACUCUGGAAAGCUAUAAAACACAACUAAAUAUCUUCAAAACCCAGAAGGAUGAACUUGAAUUAAGAACUGCACAAAUUGAAGAACAACUUUCCCAGCGCUUGGAAGAAGUUGCACAUCUACAAGAUACUGUAGAACAAUUAACAAGGCAGUUAGAUCGAGAGAAAGAAACCAAUCAUGAGUCCAAUACACAAGCUGCUAUUUUGAAAGCAGAACUUGAAAACAAACUCCAAGAGACCAUCCAUCAUCUAGAAUCAGAAAUCAUGCAUAUUAGGGAAGAAGUAAAUACUAGGAAUGAGGAAAUUACAAAUCUUAAUAUAAUACUAGUGGAAAACAAGGAAGAUCUACAGAAUGUUCAAACCUCUUUGUUGGAGAAAGAUAAUUUGAUCAUAGCUCUCAAAGUGCAGCUUGAAAAUCAGACUAAAGAAUUUAAAGACCAUAGCAGCAGGCUUGAAAUGCAGGUUUUAGAAGUACAGCAGAAGCAAGAUGAUGACAUUGAGGAAGAAUCAAAGGGCAAACAGCAACUUCAGAGAAAACUUCAGGCUGCUCUAAUUUCCAGAAAGGAAGCACUCAAAGAAAAUAAAAUGCUGAAAUCCAAGCUGGAGACAAUGACAACAAAUAACGAGGAACUCUUAAAGAAUUUGCGCGCAGCAGAGAGUUCAUUGGAACAACAAAGUACAGAAAAAGAUAAAUUGCUUGAGAGAUUAUCAAACCAGAAGGGAGAACGAGACAAACUGAUUGCUGAAGUUGACAAGUGUUUAAUGGAAAAUCAAAACCUAGCAGCUUCAUGUGAAAGUCUCAAACUUGCUCUGGCUGGCGUUACGACAGAUAAAGAGUCCUUAGAAAAAGAGUUUGAAUCAAUGAGACUAUUAGAAACUUUACAGAGUUCAGAGUGGCAGGAAAAGCUGUCUGAGCUACAGAAAGAAUAUGAGACACUGCUACAGUCCUAUGAGAAUGUUAGUGAUGAGACUGAUAAGAUGAAAAGAGUUUUGGAAGCAGUAAAGUUGGAGAAACAAGAAGUCUUCGGUAAGCUGAAAAGCAUGGAGGCAGCAAAGCGUGAUGUUGAGGCACACGUAGAAGAGUUGGAACAGGAAUUGGAAGGCAUGAAGGAAAAGAUGAGAAAGUUUGCCAAAUCAAAGCAGCAAAAAAUCCUUGAGCUAGAAGAAGAGAAUGAAAGACUUAGAGGAGAACUGCAGCCUGUCAGUGAAGGCCAGAAGAGGCGGUUUGACAAAGCCCAAUCAGAAAAUGCAGAGCUGAAGACAGAACUGGAUAGAGUUCACGCUGAAACUCUGGAUCUUACAGUUCAGCUGGAACUGGUAAAGUCUGAAAAAGCUUCUUUGGAGCAACAAACUGAACACCUAAAGCUUCAGUUGGAAAGUGUUGAGUUGAAAUUGCAGAAAACUCUGGAAGAUUCAAAAUCUGUUUCCAUCCAAAAGGAAAUAAUAUUUGUACAGGAAACCGCAUCCUGCCAACCAGAUAAUUUAACAGAAGAGCAAGCUGCAGAAACAUCUGCUGACAAGGGCACACACUUGGAAAUAAGCCAAGAAAAUGAAAAGUUACAGAAUGCAUGUCAACUGGAAGGUCUCAUGGCAGAUCUGGAGAACAAAUCCAAGAAAAAUGAAGAAAUAAUUGAGACAAUGAGAGAAGAAAUCACUGUAUUAAAGACAGAAAAGAUAAAUGUCGACAGGCAAUUGACAGUUACCCAAGAUCAGCUGAGCACGCUGCAAGAACAAAUAGAGCUGGAAAAUAAAAAUCAGACAGCAAGAGAAGAGAUGAUAGAGCUGCAAAGUAAACAUGAGAGAGCCACCAGUGAUGUUGAAGAAGUAAUGAGGCAAAAGCAGAUGCUGGAGUUGGAGAAAGAUGAAUUAGAAGAGCGUCUGAUGAAUCAACUUGCUGAGCUCAAUGGAAGUAUUGGAAACUACCAACAGGAUGCCAUGGAUUUACAGAUACAAAAUGAUGAUUUGCAGAGAGAGUUGCAGGAUGUUAGGUUCCAACUGGAAGAGGAAAAGAGGCAGCUGGAGAGACAAAAAGCAGAAGCACUGUCACAAGUACAGAAAGAAUAUGUAGAGAAAUUAAAGUCUGUGCAUGAUGGAGAGAAAGGCAGAAAGAGUCAAACAAAAGAACUCCAAGAAUUGCUCAAGGAGAAACAACAGGAAGUCCGGCACCUACAGAAAGAGUGUAUACAGUACCAAGAGACAAUCAGUGGACUAGAAAGGGCCAUUAAGGCCCUGGAGUUUGUCCAUAGUGAAUCUGAAAAGGAAAAACUGUCAUCUACUGAAAAAUUAACAAAGGCCUUGGACGAUACAAGACAGGCAAAAACAGAUGUAAAAUCACUCCGUAUCUUGCUAGAUGACAGCCAAAGUGAGACUGCAAGAAUAGCAGCCGAGAAUCUUAAACUAAAGGAAAGUCUUCAAGCAGCAGGGGAGGAGACUGUUUUAAAACUCAAAAGGAAAGAGGAGGAUCUGGAAGCAAGAUUGGAACAGGAGAGGGAUAAACAUAUGAAAGAGAUGAAGAAUGUACAAGAGAAACUGGACUUAAUGCAUCUUGAGAAAGAAAAGUUACAGGGCUCCAUCAGCAGCCUGCAGCAUGAUCUUGAUGGGAAGAGCUUGGAGUUGAAGGAGAAGCAAGAUAACUUGAACCAAAACAUUGCAAAGCUUGCAGCCUUUACCCGUAGCAUGUGUUCAUUGCAAAAUGACAGAGACCGCAUCAUAGAAGAGUCCAAGAAAUGGAAUAAAACAUUCGAUGAUACCAUGCAGAAAAAAGAUGAUGAAAUCACUGAGAAGGAGAAGACUUGCGUGUCCCUUAACACUGAACUGAAGCAAGUUACAGCAAAGGUUGAGGAGCUUCAGGUCGUAUUAGCCAGGCUAGAGGUGCAAAAUCAGGAGCUCUCAGCAACUCUGAAAACUGAAACUGAGGCCAGUCUGAAAACACGAGCUGCUUUAUUUGAGGAGAAGGCCAUACUUUCUUCUUGUCUAGAAGAGGAGCAAAAGCUCCACACUGCCUGCCAGGAAGAGCUUAAAUUGCGAAAAUCUGAGGCCACAGAGAGGCUUAAUCAUCUGCAGGCUGUGGAGCUUGAACUGAAGAGUCUUGAAGCUGAAAGGGAAGAUCUUGAUGGAGCACUGAAGACAUUAGAGACAGAGGUCCAAGACUGGAAGCUGCACUGUGAGCAGAUUCAGUGCGACUUGCAAGCAUCUAAAACUCUGACAGAGCAGUUGCACCGUGAACUGGAACAGAAAGAGCAGGACGUAGUUAGACUGCUUAGUACGCGAGAUGAAACAGUGAGCACAGCUGUUGGGGAACUACAUGAAUUACAUGCUGCUGAGAGCAGAGCACUGGAAGAAAGGCUGGUAGAGGGAGAGAGAGAGCGCAGACUAUUGCAAGAGAGAUUAGAAUCCAUCACUUCCCAACUACAUUCCACUAAGGAGGAAGCCAGCCAAAGUAAAGCUCAGCUGGAGGCAAUCACCAAGUCCAUGUGCUCGCUCCAAGAAGAACGGGAACGCGUGUUGAGCGACUACCAACAGUUAGAGCAGCGACACAUUGAUGCUAUCCUUGCCAAGGAUGGGUUGAUCCAGGAAGCUGCACGAGAGAGCAAUGAGCUGCGAGAAGAGUUAAGAUUUCAGAGGAGUCACUCUGAUGACCUAAAUGCACAGAAUGCCAAGUUAAAUGCAGAGCUGACUCGCUACCGGGAAGAUUUGAAGGAACUUAUUUCACUGAAAGAUUCACAGUUGAAACAGCUCUUGGGAGAAAAGUUGCAAGAAAUAGAGAGGAUGCACCAUGAGCAGAAUAUCCAAGAACAGCAGUGGAAGCAAGACAAAGACCACAUGGAAUCACUUAAGAAGGAACUGGAAGAAGUCCUGCUGGAGAAACAAAGAAUGCAGCAUGAGAUUGAAACCUUGACUCUCUCUGUGUCACAGCUACAGAGUGAAAUAGACGCAAGCAAGCUCCGACUUCUAGAACAGGAGCAAGAGAUACAGAGACAGCAAGAAGAGUUGUCACAAUUGUUAAAAGAAUCUGCUGAUUUAAAAGAAGAGAACUCUCGGGUUAAGGCAGAAGCUGAACAAAGAAUACAGAGUGCAGAAAUGGAGCUGGAUAAGAAACUGAAAGGUAUCCAACAUGAUACGGGUAUUUUGCGCAAUGAGACAGAAACUGCUGAGGAGAGAGUAGCAGAACUUGCCAGGGAUCUUAUUGAAACUGAGCAGCACCUUCUGAAUGUGAAAGAAGAGAACUCUGCUCUUACAGCACAACUCCAUGCAUUUGAAGGCUCCAUGAGGUCUCUGCAAGACAGUCAUGACUUUGCACAGGAGGAAAUUCAGAGACUGCGCGACCAGAUUAAGGAGAUGCCAAUCCCUCAGGAAGAUCUCAGCACUGUGAUAGCAGAGAGGGAUACAUUAAAAGACCUGGUAUCACAGAGUAGAGAAGAGCAGCAACAAAUGCAAAUGCAGCUGGAGGAGCAAGCACACAUAAUACAAAUUAGAGAAGCCGAGGUCAUCAGAAUGACUUCUGAACUUCAGUCUUCACAAAGUAAUCUUCAAGCACUGUCCAAAGCCAUGGGAAGUCUACAAGAGGAACAUGGGCAUCUAAAAGAACAUAUCCAGAGACCGUAUAUGGAGGUGGAAAGGACAUUACAGAGCCCAGACCUCAGGGAUAAAAAGGAAUCUAAUCUCGCUGAAAAAGAUCCCCUACAUACAGAGCUACAAAGUAUUAAGGAAGAAUUGCAGCAGCUACACAGUCAGCUUACCGAUGCGCUUGCACAAGUGCACCACAAAGAGCUGAGAAUACACCAGCUCAAUGGCAAGCUCUCUCAUAUAUUUGAGGAGAAGAAUGCUUUGUCUCUGCAGCUAAGAGGGAGCAGUCAGAAUCUUAGAGAUGCUCUCAACCGAAAUGCUUCCCUCGAGAGACAGUUACAGGAACUCCAACCUAUGACUCAGGAAGUAUUGCAGAGUCAUUCUUCUGCUGCAGUUUCACAUGAAAAAAUGGAAUACCAAACAAGAGGAGAUAGGCAAAUAAUGGAGUUACAGCAAAGGUAUCUAGAAAUGGAACAAAUGAACAAUGAGGCAGAACACACUAGGAUGGAGCUGGAGCAGCUUUUAAGAGAGGAGCGCCGAAGAGCAGAGGAGCGAGAGCAAGAGCUAGAGAACAUGAAACGGUUACAGCCAUGUGACUGGUCUGUCUCUCAGGAUCCUGAUGUAACCAAUGAUCUGUCUUUACUGAUAGAACCAGAAAAUGUGCUGAAGGGUAAAGUAAGCAAGACACGGAGUACAUCCUUACGCAGACAGUUACGAAAUACCUUCUUUUCUCGCACACGGACUCCAAUGCUGGCUGCACUUUACAUUUUAAUUAUCCAUGUGCUGUUGCUGCUCUGCUUCACUGGACACCUCUGAUAGCGUAUAUUUCACCUCUGAGGAGUCACAUGAGGAUCUUUUAGUGGCGUCUAGAAUGAAUCUUGCAAAGAUUUUUAAUAGGGACCUCACCGUGCCCAGAGGUAGUAACAGCAGGAAUUCAUAUACAAGUGGCCAAAAACAAAGGGCAAGCUCCUGUUCACUGAUGACCACACUACUUCAGGAAAAGACAAUGUGCUGUUCAAUGACUUGCUUGAAUCUCUUCGCUACUAAUACAGGUCCUCUUUGAUUUCCUUCCUCCAUGUACCAACUCACCUUUGUUGCCUUUUCCACCUCCCAAAGUCUGACUGUAAUACCCUUUUGCGAUCUAUAAAAUGAAGUUGAAUCUUAAGACUGUCCUGUGAUCUUCUACUUCCCAUCAAUCAUUUGCUAGAUGUUGGCUUAGAGGUAUAAGUGUACCUCUGUGUAAAUAUUAUGUAUAGUACAUGAGUACAAUAUUUAUGUACAGUUGAGCGCCAAAGGUUUAAUGGUAUUAAGGGAUAAAUAUUGUAUGUAGACAUGGCCAUCAAAAUGGGAUAUCUCAAUGUAUUUUGUAUGUUCCAUCUCCCUUGCUUUUAAAUGAGCUACAUUUUAUUUUCUGCUUCAACUGGUCCUGUAAAAGCUAUCCUGGAUGUGUUCAAAUUAAUUCUUGUAUUACAAUGUGAUUUUGUAUGUAUUAUUUUACCCAUUUUAAAUGUUGUGUGUGUGUGUGUGUGUAUAUUUAUUGUAUGGUACAUGAGAGCCGUUGAUCUUUUAGAUAUUCUGUAGAGCUGUAAUAACCUUAACCCCUUAAGGACCAAACUUCUGGAAUAAAAGGGAAUCAUGAAAUGUCACACAUGUCAUGUGUCCUUAAGGGGUUAAAAAGUUUAACAAGUUACUCCGGGAGGGCGCCAAGGGUUAUGGUGCUUGGAGUGUUCCUUUUAAACAGGUUGACAAUUUACUUUGAUCACCCAAUCUCCUACCUUGAAACUGCCUGCUUCUAGAUUCUUCCUGCAAAGAGUAUCUGGUUCACUCCAUGGAGUUAAGCAGUGCUGCUCUCAUUGGCUGAGGGUGUCAACUAAGCACUCUGAGCCACUGAGUGCACUCUGCAUCAGGCUGUGCUUAGCUCAGGGGAGAAGUCAUUUGAGGGGGGGUGCUCAAGGGACACAAAUAAGUUGUCAAACUGUUCAUAAAUGCUUUGCUAAGUUAUUCUGGAAGAGGUCACCACACUCCCAGCACCAUAACCACUACAUCCGACUGUAGCGGUUAUGGUGCUUGGAUUGUUCCUUUAACACUGAAAAUGUUUUAUGUACUACAUGUCCUAACAUGCUCCAUACAUCACGGAAAAUCAACAAACCUCUACUGUGCCAUGUGUAUCUAAUACUGCUAUACAGACUAGAGCAUACCUGUCUGAUUUCUUGUACAAGGUGGAAACAUAAAUAAGAAAUCACCUGUUACAGUAUAGAAUAGCUUCCUAGAGAUCAGUUACUUACAUACCAUACAGUAAAAUACAUUCCUGGCCUCCUUGUUUCUCCAACUACAUAUGAUCUGGUUUGUUUAUACAAUAACUUGUCUUUUUGUACCUUUCCGCAAAACAUGUAUACAUUUCCGUUACAAGUGUAAUACUGUAUAUUAUCAGAAUUGAUUUCUAUUAAUAUGAUUUAGUAAUGCAUAGAAAUUAGGGAAUAUAAGAAAUUCCGAAAAUUCUUGUAUAUUGACGGAGUUAAAUUGCAAACGCAUUCAUUAAUAGUUACAGGAUUUUAAUGGCAGUUUGGUUACAACACUGCUUAUAGCUUUGAAGGGACGGAAUCAUAAUCCUUUUGAUAGUUUAAAAAUUGCAUCAUAGGUGUCGUUUUGGGACAUUACAAAUGAUUUCAACAUAUUUGUACAAUUAUCCAUUUCCAUUACAUCCAAAAGUCGUUCUAUGAUACAAAUGUGCCAUGGCUUUAAUCUGAAUGAAUCAAAUGGUCUCUACUUAUCAUAACUGUAUUUUUUUUUUUUUUUUUUAAAGAAAACAUUAGAUUUGUCAUAUUUUGUACCAUUACAUCUCAGUUCAUUCAACACAAGUCCUUGUUACACUCUGAAAAUGUAUUCUUCUGUUAAAAUAGGCUGGGCUCUGAUGCCUUUUAUUUCUUUAUUUGAAACUGGACACACUGCACCCAGAGCCUCUUCAUACCCUAAAUGUAACACUAAGAAGAUGUAGUUGGUAUGGUAUUUAAAUGGUUCUUUUGGGUGCAGUGGUAGCCACUCUGAAUGCAAGCAUUUUCAACCCUUCCGUUACUGAUACUGUUUAAGAAAUGGUUGUUUGACCUUCCUAGUGAUGCUUAAUCUUAAUGUUGCUAUAAGGAAGAACAAAAUUGUAAUAAAUAUUUUAAUUA